AUGGACCCAAAGCAAUAUCGUUGCGAACAAGAAGAUGACCCGUCUUGUAUGAAUAAAACUAAAGUGUUUAAAGAAAAAAUAUUGCAAGAACUUUCUCGUGUACGUGACGAAUCGAUACACGAUCCGAAUUUUUAUAAUAUCAACUACAGAAAAUUAAAUGUAAAGCCAGAAUAUAAUAAAUCUCAAGCAAUUUGUUGUUUAAUAAAAGUUAAGGUUAAAGCGUUGCGUAAAACAAAAAAAACACCAUUUUACAGUAAUUUAUUGGGGUCUCUAAUGCCAAAGCGCAAAUUCUUGGCACAAUAUGGUGGUCCUAAUAAAACUUGUGUAAUUGUUUCCAGUGCUGGUGCUAUGAAAUCGUCUAAAUUAGGAUCCUUUAUUGAUUCACACGACAUUGUUUUACGAUUCAAUAAUGCACCAACGAAAACAUAUGAAGAAGAUGUUGGCACAAAAACAACAAUCCGUAUUUUAAACUCACAAGUGGUUAGCAAACCUGAGUUUGACUUUAUUCAUGCUCCAAUUUUUCAAAAUAUUUCGAUUGGAAUAUGGGAUCCAGGAAAAUAUAAUGCAUCUCUAGAAGAUUGGCUUUCAAAUCCGGACUUUGAUUUGUUUACCAAUUACAAAACAGCUAUGAUGCGUAACUCCAAGGCUGAUAUUCAUAUAAUUGAUCCUCGUUCUAUUUGGCGUUUGUGGAAUGCCUUACAAGACUUCACCAAAGAAAAUGAUUUGAGAAAGAAUCCGCCAACUUCUGGUUUUAUCGGAAUCGCUCUGCUUUUGCCGCUUUGUCAACAAGUUCAUAUCGUCGAAUACAUUCCUUCAACGAGACUCACAUCCAAUUGUCAUUAUUAUGACCACGAGAUCAAUUCAGCUUGCACUUUUGGAGAAUGGCACCCAUUAGCAGCUGAAAAGUUGAUGACAUACAGUAUGAAUGUUGCUAGUGACUUUAGUGUUUUCCAAAAAGGUAUAUUGAAAAUUGAAAGAAAAGGUAAAGACCAAUGUAAUAAGUGAUAAAUUAAUAGUGUUGUUAUAUACAUUUAAAAAACAAAUUUGUCUGAAAAAAUUGUCGUUUAUUUUUCGUUAAUUGAAUUGUAAAAAAAUCAAAGGCAACGUUUUUAGUUACUUAGGGGAUAUGCCAUGUUUUACGCCGGCUUUCGUUUUCAGAUGAAUCAUCAUAUAUAAAACCUGUUUAAAUCCAGUAAUCAAAAUAUGACAA